AUGGCUGCACCAGGCGAAGCUAACUCGCAUGCUGAGGCCGACCUCAUGAGGCAAGCUGUGCUUCAGAGCAGCGGCGGCACACAGGAGGAAGAGGCGCAAGAGAACAACAACACCGUCAUUGGUUCAAAUGGCUCGACGCCUACUGGAAUGGCAACCCCCCAUCCAGACCCGGUCGACAAACGGCUACCCGGUAUAAUGCACUAUUUCUCUCAGGUUGGUAGCUCUGCUUUCCCACUGAGUUCUAUCAAAGCACGGUUAUCCAGUUCUACUACGCCUGCUGCGGGCGCCAAUACGCAGUCGAAGGAGGACCAGGAAGAAGAGGCCUCUGGUAACGCUUCCUUGAUAUCUGGCGCCGAUGCUGUCAAAGAGCACAGCCAAUCGCAAGCUGUCGAUGUGCCUGCUCUUCCCAGUACCGAGCUGCCAGGGAAAAUUGAAGCCUCAGAGACUCUAAAUCCCAGCUCCCUGCCCACCCCCCCUUACUCGUCUGCCUGUUCAUUGUCCCCCAAGGAACCCGAGGAAACAGAAGAGGGUGUUGCCGCCACCACUGAACAGACCGCAUACUCUAUUUAUUCCGCGCUGAAGGAUAUCAUGUCCUCGUCGAGCAAUGUUCCCGAGUCCCAUUCUUCACGACGUCCAACAUGUCGCCCAGUCUCCAGCGUGUCGGAUGACCCAGUUCUUGCUUCCCACUUUUCCAACCCAUCCCUCCCUGAUGCUUCAGAUAUCCCGUCCUCACAGGAUGUGCCCCUGUUGGAUCAUGAAAAGCCUCAUCACACUUCCAAGUCUUCUGAGAAUCUUGCCAAGCUAACUGAGAACGUGGCCAAUGCGCCCCGUCUAAAGAAUACGCCGCCGUUGACCCCGAGAGCCUUGUCCAACGAUAACAAUUCGACGGACCGACGUUCCAACGGCUCCACCUCUGACCCGUCAACUUCGUCGAACCAAAGACGCCCAAGCCCCGCUGAAGCAUCGUCAGCAGGCUCAACCGGGAGACUUAGUGACUCUCAAGCUUCAAACGACGAAAUCACUGGUGUCUCCCCCAUACAAGGUAAAUUGUCAGUGAAGAUCUCUCAAGCUCGUGGGUUGCGUCCUAGCACCGAUCCUUAUGUUGUGUGUGUCUUUGAAUGGAAUGAAUACAUCUCCAAAGGUACCCAGAGUGGCAACAACACCCCAAAUGGCAAGAGCGAAAACAAAGACUGGCUGGAAAACGAUUCGGGACGACCAAUGGCCAUCCCCAUGAGGAGUCGCCAGAGCAGCCAUAAUAGCCAGCUGGACGGCCCAGAACAUCCUGGCAAAGCGCCUGUAACCGAUCCCCAGUGGAACCAUGAGGCUGUAUUUGACGUUUUGGGCGAGCAGUCGGAAAUCGACGUGUCCGUGUAUGACCGAUACAACCAAGAGGCAUUCCUCGGUUACGUGCGGAUGACACUCAACCUUCGGGAAGAAAGGUCCAGUCUGGAGGGUUGGUUUCCUUUGGCCGCACGAGGACAGGGCGAUUACCAUGUCUCGGGGGAGAUUCAUUUGGAGAUGCAUUUCGAAAAGACCGAAAGGAAACAGGUCGGACCAAAUGACUUUCAAAUCCUCAAACUGAUCGGCAAAGGAACGUUUGGACAAGUUUACCAAGUCAAGAAAAAGGACACGCAGCGAAUAUACGCUAUGAAGGUCUUGUCUAAGAAAGUCAUCAUCCAGAAGAAGGAAGUUGCACAUACACUGGGCGAACGUAAUAUUCUUGUGCGGACGGCCAUGGCGGCUUCCCCUUUCAUUGUUGGACUCAAAUUCUCUUUUCAAACCCCUACGGAUUUGUACUUGGUGACGGACUACAUGUCCGGUGGCGAGCUCUUUUGGCAUCUCCAAAAAGAGGGCCGCUUCCAGGAAGCCCGGGCAAAGUUCUACAUUGCGGAGCUGAUUCUGGCCUUGCAACACUUGCACGAGCACGACAUUGUGUAUCGUGACCUGAAGCCAGAAAAUAUCUUGCUUGAUGCAAACGGCCACAUUGCGCUCUGUGACUUUGGGCUGUCCAAGGCGAACCUCACGAAGAAUGACACCACCAACACGUUCUGCGGGACCACCGAAUACCUCGCCCCAGAGGUGUUGUUGGAUGAGCAAGGCUACACCAAGAUGGUCGACUUCUGGUCUCUGGGAGUCCUCGUCUUUGAGAUGUGCUGUGGUUGGAGCCCAUUCUAUGCGGAGGAUACGCAACAGAUGUAUAAGAACAUUGCGUUCGGCAAGGUGCGAUUCCCACGAGACGCGCUGAGCACAGAAGGUCGCAACUUUGUCAAGGGUUUGUUGAACCGCAACCCGAAACACCGUCUCGGCGCCAAGGACGACGCCAAGGAACUCAUGGCACACCCAUUUUUCCACGAUGUUGACUGGGAGGCUUUGGGUCAUAAAAAAGUGAUCCCUCCUUUCAAGCCAAAGCUGAAGUCGGAAUCGGACACUUCGAAUUUUGACCCAGAGUUCACCACGGCGCUGGAUAAUUCGUCUUCACUCAAUGAUCGGGCAGCGGCAUUGGCGAAUGGAUUGAUGCCUGGCUCGACACCCUUGUCACCUGGCAUGCAGGCCAACUUCAAGGGCUUCACUUUUGUGACGGAAAGCUCUAUGGAUCAUCACCUUCAAGAGCAUAAGGAACGGAUGGACGAAGAAAUGAAAGACGACGACAGCUGGCAUCGACACCAGCGAUCGACGGACUCGACGGACCACCGUAUGAGCGGGGUUGUCAAGGAAGGUGAAGGGGCUGUCUUCAACAACUUUGACAUCUAG